AUGGAGAACGUUGAGACUGUUGAUGUGAGUUGGCUCCAUCAUUCACAUAAAGACAACAACCUUUCUCGCUGCAGAUCCGUCUCGUCUUUGUCUUGCGACAAGCCUGGCAAUGAUGUGGAAGCGGCAACGCCGCAGCGCUCCCAUUCCUACAAAGCUCCGUCACCGAGCAAGAGCUCUCCAAACCCGCAGAAUGCCUCCGUCCCCGCGGGCCCGGUGCUCGCCGAAUCCGAUCCUAACAACACCAGCGCCCGAUCUGAGAAGGAGACCAAGCCUAGUGAUGCAAAUUCGAGCAAUGGAACAUCCCCAGCGUCGGAUCAAUUCCCGAAGAGUGCACCGAAACCAAUCGGGCGCCGAGGCUCGUGGAUCUCAAGUCUUAGUUCAAAGUUCUCAUCCGGCUCUACCCCUCCGUCGCAGUCCAACAUGAAACCUCAAGCAACACCGAAACCGAGCCCACCUGCCUCAAAACUAGACAUGCAUAACCCAUUUGGAGCAGCAUAUUCGCCGAAGGAUAGAGAAGAAGAGAAAAGGGACGAAAAUACGCCGCUCACGUCUAGUUCACCUCGGGGCCCUUCUUUUCUGCAAAGCGCAUUUAGGAAGUUGUCUUCGUCCGGCUCUGGAGGGGGGAGACCAGCUCCUGCCAAUGGUUCUAUUUGCCAGCGCCGUACGUUGAACAUUGAUAAAAAUCGAGAUAGAUGUAAAGUUCCCGAUCUCAACCAAGCGAAGCUGCGGCGGGUCGCGUUUUGCGUCGAUGUUGAAAUUGCGGGCAUAGCCCCCCGAGAGUCUGAUGAGGAAAGCCCGCCUUCAAAUACACCGCGUCGUCAUCUCGAUAUGAAUAUCUCUAAGCCGAAACGAACAAAUUUGAAAUCUAAGACGAAGGACGAGGCCGAGCCAUUGAAACGUGCGCAUAGUACGCCCGUGGAGAAAGAGGUAUCAACUGAGGAGAAUAUCGCCCCGAAGGACAGUCCUCCGACGAUGCCAUCGGAUGAGGCUAAACCCAACGACGAAGUGAAGGAGCCCACAAGGAAGCAAGAAAAGAAAAAGCGAUCCGAAGAGGAAAGGCGGGAACGAAGGGAUAGGAAACGGAGAUUAGCAGAGGCGAACGGUUCCAUUCCCAUGCAAUUGACAGCCGAUGAUCACGAGAGCGGACCUAGGAACAUUACAGCCGUCCAUAGUCGAUCUGGGACGCAAAAUCACCCAACGACUGAUCCUAUUCGGAUUUACCGGCGUUGUUGUCAACUACGUGAGACACCCGUUCUGAAACGAAUAGUGGAUGAAAUUUCGUCACCUUCGUCAACGCUUGCGGAAUCCCCUGGGACCGUCGCUGUGCUUGACCUCACAAACUUUCCAAUGACUUCUGAAGAUAUUGCGACUUUCAGUGAUUGGUUAGCUGUGGUACCCGUUCGAAAACUAAUUCUUGAAAAAUGCGCAUUGACGGAUGAGGCCGUCCGUGCCAUCUUGUCUGGCCUUCUUUCGACCAAAACCGUCGAGCAAAUGAGGCGCAGACGUGGGAAAAACAGGAAAGCAGAUCUUCGUGAAGCCGAGACGAUAGAGAGAUUCAGCGUUGUGGAAAGGCUAUCUUUGAAAAACAAUCCGAAAAUCGGCCCUGAAGGAUGGCGCCAUAUCAGUCUGUUUAUCCAUCUCUCCAAGUCCCUCAAGGCUAUCGACCUCACGGGUAUUCCGCUACCCUCAUCUCCCAUUCCGUUGAAUGAUCCCACGAAUUUACCUCCGAAAGUAACAAACCCUACUUGUGCUUCCGCAACUAUUGAUGUGGUUACCGUAUUUUCAAACUCUCUUUCGCAGCGCUUCGGUGGCGAUCAUCUCGAGGAAUUGCUACUUAGCGAAUGCAAGCCUACAACGGAAGAGGUGAAAAAGAUUUGUGAUGCUGCGACAUCCGUUGGCUUGCGGAGGCUAGGCUUAGCUAACAACGGAGUGACUCGGGGAGGCCUGGAACAUAUUGUGCGAUAUCUGGAAUCCGGCAAAUGUGAAGGCUUAGAUCUAGGAGGGAACCCUAUAGGGGACGACCUGGAUCUGAUCACCAAUGUUAUCGAAGAUCACCUUCCUCUUUAUGCACUCAGUCUAGCGGACUGUUCUCUUACGCCCUCUGCUAUCUCUCCGCUGCUUCAAGCGCUGGUGCGCCUCCAUAACCUUCGGUUCAUUGACGUCUCUCAUAACCCAGCGUUAUUCUCGACGCAACCGGAUGCGUUAUCGACUUUUAGACGUUUUCUCCCCAAAAUGCCUCAGUUGAAGCGUAUCCAUCUGGCUGAUGUCAACCUUUCUUCUGACCAUACGAUUGCUCUUGCGGAGAUCCUUCCAGAAUGUCCUGGCUUAUGCCACUUGAACAUAUUAGAGAAUCCCGCAAUUGUUGCUCUCGCAUCCGCGACAGAUCCGGAAACCCAAGAAGAAGCAUGCGCAGUCUAUGCGUCCUUGCUCGCUGCGGUGCGUGUCUCGCGGACAAUCAUAGCCGUGGAUAUUGAAGACCCAAGCGCAAAGAAUAACGAGGUUGUCAAGGCCUUGGCAUCUCAGAUAGUGGCAUAUUGUCUUCACAAUCUCAAUCUUGCAGGCGGCGCUCUUGAGGCAGAGCUCUCCGAGAAUCUUGAUCCGUCCCUUCCGGGGACAGCGGUCCCGAUCCCUGAGAUCCUUCAGCAUAUUGUUGGCAACGGCACUGCUGAGGAAGGGGCCGAGGACGACGAUGAGCCUGCUCCCGAUGAGGAUUAUGUGAUCGGAGGUACAGGUGUGGUGAAAGCAUUGGGAGUAUGCCUUGGCAACCUGGAUCACCAUGUGCCAGGAGAUGUGUCCGGACCUCCGAGUGGUACAACAACACCUAGGCACCGGAAGUCUAGGUCGCUAGCAGCUAAGCGACCCCGCGACAUGUCCAAGAACCUCUUGGAGUCGGCUCGUGGUAUACGUACCAGGAUCGAGACCGCGCUUGUGCGUGAGGAUCGUGCAGGCAAUGAUGCCAACUACAGACGCCUUCAAUUCCUCGAUUCUACGUUACAAAAAAUGAUUCAGCGCUUCGAGGAUGAAUACCCUGAAACCCGGGUCAUACCACAGGUUGGGAAGCCAAACCAGGAAACAAGCUCUCAGAAUUCAGGGGAUGAUGGCGAUCUUGCCGCAAGUUUCGGGAAUGUGCAGUCGGCUGGCGCCACUGCUGAUAAUGAUAUCGCAGUCGAUGAUGAUGAAGGUGAUCAGUAUGCUGUUCGUCUCUCGCGGGCAAGCUCUAUUACCUCGCUGCAUUCCCGUGCAAUGACAUCCGAAGAGGGUCAUGUCCACCGUCUUGGGCAGAACAUCCGUCGUGAUUUUAUCAACCCUCUGGACCAGAAUGAGGAAGGAGAGUCAGAUGAACCGAUGGACGAGUUCCAUCUCACAGCUCUGCGAGACAAAUUGGAUCGUUUGCACGAGGAACAGACCCGUUCCCAAUUUGAGAGCGUUGGGGCCGACAAGGCCUUCCAGGAGCUGGGCUCAACGGUCGAAGAGUUAUGGGCUAUUCAACGGCAGGAUACUGAAGCCUAUGAAAGGUUUAAGCAAAGCCAGAUUGCUGCUCAGAUUAAUAGUGGGAGAAGGACGCCCUCUAUAUCCGACACCAGCAGGACCAGAACAAACAACCCUGGUCCCGACCAGCCAUCUGCUUGA